UGACGUACUUGGCCGAAAUGAUAAGCAUCCCAUGUGGUGAAUAUAAAGCCGGGAAGGCUUGUCACUUCCAGCACUGAAGCCACAGCAGCGAAACCUUCGUCGCGUCUUGACAACACUGAACCAUGCAGAUCACUUCGAUCCUCACGGUAUGCUUCGGGGUUAUGUUGGCGUCAGCCCCAAUUGAUGCCGUUCCUGCUUACCCUACGGCACCCUCCGAGAUUUCAGCCCUGUGCCCUAUGCCUCCCGGACCGUAUCCUCUUAUCAUGUCCAACCCAGCAGACUGUGGCUCCUUCUAUAUAUGCUCCUGGAGCACUGCCUUCCUCCAGUUUUGUCCUAAAGGCCUCCACUUCAACCCGAAAGUUCAAGUAUGCGAUCACGCGGGGAACGUCCACUGUGUUAAAACCAUGACUCAAGCACCACAUGCAGACAACACCAGUUCAGUCGCUGCCAGCACUGAAGCCCACACCGAAAUCCCUACCACUGCACCACCUCCCAGCACCACCACCAUCUAAGAACGCAUGCUGCAACACCACGAAUGACCGCGGCAGAAGAGGAUGUGGUACAAGAAUGGUCUAAACUCAAAGGACGAAGGAAAAUGACCCUCCUGACUAAUGAUUUACAGUAAAAAAAAAAAAAAUAUAUAAGGAACUGUACCUCUUAUUUCAUGUUACUUUUGUACGAGUGAAAAUUUUAAUACAUGUUUGCACAAUG